GAUCAAUAUGAUGAACAUUAUCUUUCCUUUAUCAUUUCUUUCUUUUCAUAAAAAAAAAAGAGCAUUAGUACCUUCAUCAAACCUUACCUACUCUGUAAAGACGUGAAGAAGUCCUUCUUCAAUAUCUACUCCCAUUGCGCACACAUAUGCAAUAUCCAGUACCUUCUUCCCAUUCAACGAAUUACAUACAACCUUGGUCUUCGCUUCUCUUAAGAAUCCAGAAAGUACCCAAGUGUUAAUCACCCAGAUUGUUAAAGCUUUCAACCGCAUCCCCUCCUCCGGACACACGAGGUACGAUACCUACCUACCUAGGUAUUCAAUCGGAAAAACAAAAUACUUCACGCAGGCUCAAAUCUACUUCACAUAUCCAACAGGUUCGCCAGUGUAGUGUUAUAAGGGUAUCUCGCUUCUCUACUUGCAUAUAAUCUUAUUCAAAUCGUAGGUCGACUGUGAUAUUGUCCACGGCCGGUUGCAAUGGGUUCUUUACAAUUAUAAUACCACAUAUCAUCUUCAAUUGUCUCGUCGGCUAUGAAUCUGGAAUCGGAUUCAACGAUGAAUGCGACGGCUUCUCAUCCUCGAAGACCUCCGGCACAUCUCUCCGUCUCCCUGAGGCACGACACGCCUGGUCCUAUUGAGAAGGAAAAGUCGGACUUGGGUGUGGUAAAGCAGGUUGAUACCUCGACUAAGCCAAGAAGUAAUUCCACCUCGCCUUUCGGAAAACAAACAUCGGACGAUUCAGAGGAUACUGUUGCCACGAAUGUAAAGGAUUGGUUUGAUCGCUCAAAUACACGUCCUGUGAUUGCUGUCAACCAGGACUCUGGAGACACUAGUGACCCGCCAUACUUUCUUCAACACAGCUCCAACGAAGACACUGACUCCAGCAAAGAGUUGCCACUUCGAGGCAACCGUUACAAUCUACACUCAUUGAACCCCAUAUCAAGAUCUCGAGAUGGCAGUGCAUCAGAAGAGUAUCGCAGUAUCAUUGACGAUUUGACCAUCGAAAAUAAGAAGUUGAAGGAGAAAUUAAAGAGAUAUGGACGUUCAUCGACGACCCACUUGGAGAACGAGAAGCUCUUUGAAGUCAAAAUACAUGCCUUAUCGGCACGUAAACGAAGGGAGCUAGAAGAACUUCUUCAUGCAUUUUCUGCCAGUUUUAACGGUUCGUCAGAAGAUUUAAGCAUUAAUGGUCCAACAGGUCGACAGUCAAGAUCUUAUUCGCUUUCCGGGAAACCUACAAAGCAUAAAUCCGUUUCAUCAGGGUCCAACUCCCGACCGACUGACUCGGCAUAUGCCUCGAUGUCGAGAUCCGGGCCUUCGCAUAGCUCCUCGGCUGGGGAAGGGUAUAGGCCAACGCAAUCGCGGGUCACAGCCGAUCAAAAACUGCAGGAUUUCUUGCAAGACAUUCCCCAGGGAUUACAACCGAGAUCAACCCUAGAAAUGUCCGAAAAUCAGCGAAAGAGGAUGGUUGUUCGGCGUCUAGAACAAUUAUUUACAGGAAAGACAGGAUCGCUCAUCGGCGCGCACAGUCAAUCUUUGCAACAGCAAGAGGUGUCCAGGUCGGCCGCGAGAGCAGAUCAAGCCUCGCAAAUUCAUUUCCACCCUAGAGAAGGUGUACGCGAAGCUCAUAUCGGGCCACAUAAUAUGGAACUAGACAAGCAGGGAUUAGUAAAUAAUUCAAAGAAUAGCCAAUCGCCAACAGAACAGUCAGAUUCUUCUCAUAAGUCUCGUGGAUCCCCUUCACCACAGCAAAGGCCAACUAGGCCCUUGGAUUUGGAUCCAGACCGUGACCAAGUCGGUUCCGAUAACGUCGAGUAUAUUCGCCACCUCGGAAUCUCAGCACCCCAACUAUUAACAGAAGAAUCACAAGAUGCUGCCGUUGAUGCCGAGGGAUGGGUUUAUUUGAAUCUUCUGAUCAACAUGGCGCAAUUGCAUAUUAUCAACGUCACACCUGGCUUUAUCAGAUCUGCAGUAACCGAAUUGAGUAGGAAACUUCAAAUAUCUCCAGAUGGAAAGAAACUGCGAUGGAGAGGUGGUACGCAAGGAACAAGCUUGAACAGUGACAGCGGUAAUAGCAGUGUUCAUCAACGAUCCCCACCCGAUAGUGAUGGCAGUGACGAAGCUUCGCGCAAAAGACGCAAGGUUCAUGCCAACAAAUUCACUCCUACGGGACAAGCACCCCUGAAAAUGAUAAACCAGAGCUCAAAGAAUCCUAAAGCAAUGGACGCAUGCUUCUAUGAGCCGAUGUUUGUUCGUUAUCCACAACAUACAUCCGAGGUGUCUGGUGAUGAGAGCGACAUCUCGCCAAAUCAUUAUAGUCUUCACGGCUUUGCAUCCCCUAUCAAGAGACUCGGUAACAGUCCACGCGAUGAUGGGCCAUUGAUAUUCUACAAUGGAACGAAAUUCUUUAGUGAUCUCUCUGGCGAUCGUGGCGAUCUUGAAACUCCGCUACAUAUUACUGGCAUUGACAAAGAUGGUUACAGCAAUCACACUGAAGAUGCUGUCGGCUGCUCACCUCCUACAAGACACCUCCUUAAGGACAGGACUCCUUCCGGAUCUUUUCUACCAUUCAGGCCUUUCAAGGACUAUUCCAAAGGAGGAGAUCUGUUCCAGCCCCCAGAAACAAGACCACAAACUCCCAGUAUACUCUCCGAUGAUACGGACUUUGAAUUUACCACAGACAUGGCAUCUGGCGACCCUGAAUCUCCUCCGCCCCUUGCAGAAUUUGUCGCCAGUGGGCUCGCCGGCAUUCAACCAGCCGACCACUUGCUUUACAAGGUUCACACACGAUUGACGACGAAUAAAGACCAUGUUCCUUUCAAGGUUUCUAAAUUCUCUGCUCCCCGUUCAACCUCGAAGAUUUUACACACGAUUUCACAGUCUUCACUAGAUUCAUUUCACAAUCCAGAGCCUCAGAACAAGGUGGAUAGCAUAAUCAGUAAAUUGGCUCACUCGACCGAUCCUGCUAAUGGAUCGCCACCGCACCGACCAUAUGAGAGUUUACCCAUCAAGACCGAAAACAUUUCGGAACAAUUGAUUAUGCUUCACCCAUCACCCCUACCCGAACCGUCCUCUUAUUUCGGCAUGCUUUGCGGCACUGAAACCGUAGGAGACUAUUCCGACACCUCUUCUUUCAUGGGAAUUUCUCAUCUUAGAGAUGAACCUCUAGAAAAAGGCGAAGAUCUGAUGUCAGAUAACGAUAUACAAGUGUCAUCUGAUGAAGGUGCUAUGGAUAUUGAAGACGCGGAAGAUGAUGAUGAUGAUAGUAUUGAUAUGUUGGCGUAUGUAAGAGAUAUUGAUCCUAAGGCUGUGGCGACCCAGGAGCAAAAGUACGAAAUGGAAGCUAGUGAUAAGAGUGUUCAGUUGGGGAGUGCGGCGAGUAAAUCCGUCCCCCCGUUUCUGUUUGAGGAGAGCGAGGGGGUGGAACUUUGAAUAUCGUAAACGUUUAUGAGAUUUGGAGUUGGAUCUUAUUUCGAUUGGCGAAUAUGGCGGACUCGAGCAUUUUAUGGCGUGAUUUGGAAGGUUUAUAUUGGGUUCAGGUCAUUCUUGGUUGGGAUUGGUUUAUUUACGAGCAGUCUAUUAUUGCUGGUUGUACAAGUGCGGGUGUGGAUCUCUGGUUUGGUUUGGCGCAAGGUGGAGAUACCAUACUGAUUUUGAGCGAGUAUUGCUAGGUAUAGAUAAAUCAUUUUGGGGAUGAUAUCAUAGGACACGAUUUAAAUCAUGUACACUGGAAUGGAAAAUGAGGAAUUAGGUUAUUUAGUCCUAUUAAUUGGGGGUUAGUGGAUAAAGCCUCCUUACUUUGUCUGACAAUUUAGACAUUGUUUAGCGAUUUGUAUGUAGCCUUUGAAUCUCAAUGCUCUGUUAAUACAGGGGAUAUUUGUGUUCAAGA